UUUUCAUUCAACGGCUUGAACUUUCCCCGCACCGGCCACGCUUCCUCUUCAGUGAGCGACUUCGGUGCAAUAUUUAUGGCCCUGUUGCGGACAAUUUCGCCUCAUUUUCUUGCUCACAUCAACACUUCUCAAUCUCAUUUAGAGACUUGUUUCUUUCAUCUUUGGCUUCCUUCUCCGAUUUUCCUCAUUGGGUUUCGUUGGUUUGGUCUAAAUACCAAGGAGAAGGAGGAGUUGAAGACCCUUUCAACAUGGGCAACUCCUGCGUGAAGCCAGUUGCUCAUGUUAAUUCCUCCAAUUUUUCUGGAAGUACAAAGUCUAGUAAGACACAACAGAAUCACAAUUCUUCAGAACAAAAAGCUGCUUUGCAAAGUUCAGUGUCAAAUCCUGUCAGACCCAUUUCCGAUAGUCUCAAUUCAUUUAGCUUCAAUGAUCUAAAAGAAGCCACCAAGAACUUCCGUGAAGAAAAUUUUAUUGGAGAGGGAGGUUUUGGACGUGUCUUCAAGGGAUGGAUUAACAGCAACACCUUUGCUCCCACGAAACCAGGGAGUGGAAUGGUAGUGGCCAUUAAGCAGCUCAAGCCAGAAAGCUUUCAAGGCCACAAGGAGUGGCUUGCUGAAGUCAAUUAUCUAGGGCAGCUUCACCACGAAAAUCUGGUGAAACUUAUUGGUUAUUGUUCAGAGGAUAGAAAUAGGCUUCUAGUUUAUGAGUUCAUGCAAAAAGGAAGCUUGGAGAAUCAUUUAUUUAGAAAAGGUGUUCAACCCAUAUCAUGGGUGACCCGGAUCAAUAUUGCGGUUGGUGUUGCUAGAGGACUAGCAUUCUUACAUAGCCUGGAUGCAAAUGUCAUCUAUCGUGAUUUAAAGGCUUCUAACGUCCUACUUGAUUCGGAUUUUAACCCAAAGCUUUCAGACUUUGGUUUGGCCAGAGAUGGUCCUACUGGAGAUAACACUCAUGUUUCAACCAGAGUUAUUGGAACUCAAGGUUACGCUGCCCCAGAGUAUGUAGCCACAGGUCACUUGACUUCGAGAAGUGAUGUCUACAGCUUUGGUGUUGUCUUGCUAGAGUUGCUGACCGGUAGACGAGCAUUAGAAGACGACAGACCUGGGUCCAUAGAAGAAACUCUGGUGGACUGGGCAAAGCCUUUCCUCAGCGAUAACCGACGAGUUUUGAGGAUCAUGGAUACAAGGCUGGGUGGCCAAUACUCCAAGAAAGGAGCUCAAGCUGCAGCUGCACUUGCAUUGCAAUGCUUGACCUCAGAUCCUAGAUAUAGACCUCCAAUGGUGGAUGUUCUUGCUGCAUUGGAAGCUCUCAGUUCCUCAAGUUCAACCCCAAGGACCCCAAAAUCUUACAGUGAGAAUUUUUCAAUCAGGCAUUCUAGUCCUAGUCAUCCACAAAAGGCAAUCAGGCAUCUAAAGUCUGUCUGAGUCACUUGUUCUGUUGUCUCUGUGUAGAAGAAAUGCUUUUGGGUUCCCUGCAGUGCCUAUGUCCCCUAAGCUCAAGUGCAGUGCAUUGGGAAGGAAUAGAUUUGCUAUAAAAAAAAAAAAAACGAAAAUAAUAUGGUCAUUUGAGCUUUUGCACUUGAGUGAUAUAGGCACUGCAGGGAAUUUAAAUCCCAGUGAUAUCUGUAUGAUAUUUGUAUACAUUCAGGGCUUGUUUGGAUUGACUUAUAAGUAGCUUUUCAAACGUGAUUUGCGAAAUAUGAGAUAAGCAUGUGAGGAGAGUUUUGUUUCGGUUUAUGUGAACUUACUCAAAAGUCUCUAUUUUGAAUGGAGCUCCCAACAAGCCGUGAAAGGCAGCUUGGUGCUUGCAGGCCCAGAGAAAGGCAUGGCAGGAUAUUAACUUACUCCAACAAGUGCUUUGUUCUGUCUAUUUUUUUUUUUGGGGGUUGGUAAUUACUAUUUUGUAUUUAUUGAAUAAUAUGCCUACUUUCCUCAGCAUGAGAAUGCAUCACGGGAUUUGUUAAUCACUGGAAAGGGCUAAUAGCUGUCUUGUGGGAAUACUUGAAUAUAUGAGCAAUAUUUGAGCAUUUUAAUUCUUUCA